AUGUGCGCGGAUUGGGCUUGGGAUGCUUGGCGCCUGCUCUCUGCCUCGCGCUGUGGGCGAAGAGGGGCCAGCGAGGCCGGAUCUCGCCCUCGAGGGCUUUUGCCACUCCGGGCCGCUGCAGCUGCCAGCGAUGCCAGCGACGCGGGCGACGCGCACAGCGACGCGCGCAGUGGCGCGCGCCGCGACGGCGCUGCUCGAAGCCUGCGGGCUUUGACGGAGGCCUUCCCAGCAGCUCGCCUCAGGGAAGCACAUGAUGUUCCAGACUCGGAGCUGAACCGCUUCGCCCGGGCUCGGUGGCGAAAGCCCGAAGCUGCCCUCGCGAUGUUCAUCGAACACCGGCGUUGGCGUUCGGCCGAAGGGCACCCAGAGCAGCUGCAAGCUGCCCUGGACAAGACACCUCCCGGGUUCUGUUCGUCAGGGCCCAAGGACCCGGGUGCCUGUGAUGGCACGCGCGUGCUGCUCGUCCAAGGGGCCCGCUACCAGCUGGGGGCUGCCGAACCCGAGGAGUACACUUUGGGGAUCUGCCGUGUGCUGGACGAGAUCUUUGAGGAUGCCGACGACGAGGCUCGGGUCACGGUGCUCAUCGACGUACGCCGGGGCGAAGGCUGGCCAAACCCCCCAGCGAUCAAGCUCCUCCCCUUCAUCCAAGCCUGCGCUCGGAUCAUCUCGGGCCACUAUCCUGAGCGCCUCCGGCGGUUGAUUAUUUAUCCGGUGCCUUGGGUAGCCACGAUGAUCCUGGGCAUUGUGAGACGCCUCCUUGACCCAGUGACCUUCGAGAAGAUCGCGGCCAUCGCCGGCGACGACCAAAUUGGAGCUGCCUGUCCUGGCGCUGAACUCCGGAAGUACGUCAGCAGGGACAGCUUGCCAAAACAUGCCUGGCCGUGCCUGCGAAGCAGGCUGCGAAGCAGGAGUGUGUCUGACUUUGUGGGGAUGCCGAAUUGGCCCCUGCAGCACCACCACAGCCUUGAACAGUACGAGCAUCGCAUGGCACUGGCAGUCUCUGGCAGUCCUCUUUCAGCGCUCGCUUUCCACAAAGGUGGCGACGUGUCGGCGGGCGGCUCGGUAGCUGCGCUAUGCUACGACGUGAGCAGAGUAAGAAAGAAGCGUGCCGCACAAGCCGAGUGCCUUUUCGUGGCCACCCUGCAGGACACCAGCAAAGAGGCCAGCGCUUGCGCCUGUGCGCUCCGGAAAGCAAAGCCGCAAACGUCUCAAAACAGCAUCUGCAACAUCGCAAGAAUUGGGAUGAAGCCGUGGUCCGGGGACAAAAGGCGUGGCCUUCAUGCGCCUUCUGCUGCUUUGUCAGUGUCGGCCACGAAGCUAGGUCCCGUGGGCGCCCCCGUGCACGAGUCACGAAAGUGUGUUUUUCGCCUCGUCCCGGCGUUGCCCCGUGUCGCGAAGCUGUGGGAUGAGUUCGCCUCGCGUGGCCUCUACACGCAGCAGAUUGCCGAGGCCCUGGCGAUGGCUCUGGAAGGGGGCCACGAGGACUCGGCCACCAAGUUGGCAGCAGUGGAAGCUCUGCGCGCACAAGGGCCCCUGGCUUCGGAACAUUCCACGGCUGUGGGAACGGCCCUUCUGGACCAGAGAAGUGGCUUGCAGCCACGCACACGCAGCCGCACACACAGAGAGAAAGAGCGACAAAGCAACCUGCAGAAAGCCAAAGACAAACAGGACGUGGACGAUGAUGUCCGGGAGCUGGCGGCUCUGACCCUCUUGUGCGUGGAGCCGCCACGUGAAGCCUGGGGCCCUUUCUGA